GCCCUUAUGGAAGGGUAUUAGAUCACAUCGUGGUAACGUUUUGGCUGCCUUCUUAAAGGCUAUAGGUUUCAUCAUUUCUCUUAUGCCUGCUGCAUAUGCCAACUAUUAUACCAAAGAAGUUAUGGUAGUCCUUAUUCGUGAGUUUCAGUCACCUGACGAGGAGAUGAAGAAAAUUGUGCUGGAAGUGGUGAAGCAGUGUGUGAGUUCUGGUGUGGAGCCGGACUACAUUCAACAAGACAUUCUUCCAGAGUUGUUCAGAAAUUUCUGGGUCAGAAGAAUGGCUUUGGACCGCAGAAACUACAAGCAGCUUGUUGAAACCACUGUGGAGAUAGCAAACAAAACUGGUGUUGCUGAUAUAGGAGGGAGAAUUGCUGAAGACCUGAAAGAUGAGAGUGAACCAUACAGAAGAAUGGUUAUGGAGACGAUUGAGAAGGUGGUUGCAAAUCUUGGUGCAUAUGAUAUUGAUGCUCGUUUAGAAGAGCUGUUAAUUGAUGGAAUCCUCUAUGCUUUCCAAGAGCAAACCAGUGACGAUGCCAAUGUGAUGCUUAACGGAUUUGGUGCUGUUGUAAAUGCUCUUGGCUAAAGAGUUAAGCCAUACCUUCCUCAGAUUUGUGGUACCAUAAAAUGGCGAUUGAACAACAAGAGUGCGAAGGUGAGACAGCAAGCUGCAGAUCUGAUAUCCAGAAUUGUGGUAGUUAUGAAGCAGUGUGGGGAAGAACAACUUAAUGGGCCAUCUUGGUGCAUCUGAUAUUGAUGC